AGUUAAGGGUUUAAAAAAAUGUAUUGAUGUAAAAAAAUUCCAAUUCAUCUUUUACUAAAUAAAUUAUUUCAUCUAAUAUUUUAAGACAGCUGCAGUAUUAUUCAGGAUAACACAGAAGAAAUCGUGCUGGAAUUUUUAUUAGUAUUACUUACUAUCCAUAGCAACUUUGGCAAGUCAUUUCCUCUCUCUGGGCCUUAGUUUCCUUAUCAAUAAAAUGGAGUUGGAUUUAAAUGUUAAAAAAAAAGAAAGAAAAAAGAAAAAGAAGGAUGAAUAAUAACUUCCAACCAUCACCUUUAAGGGGCAAGUAGAGCUUAGACUUACUCUUCUCUUUACAUUUGAACUUGUGGAAAGUAUCAUCUCCGGCAACAGGUAUAGCUACCAUAGACUUUUAAGUCUACAUAUCACCCCUUAACCUAGUCCAAAGGUCUACUCUUCAUGGAUGGUAACUCUACAAGGAUAUCCUAAUGCCACCCAAAUUUAUCAGAGUGGGGUUCAUCUUUCCUCUAUACUCUGGUCUUGGUCAAUCCCCCUCCCUAAGAUGUCAGACCUUUCAAACCAGAAGCUUCCAGGAAUAUUCUUAUUUCUAUAGAAUGGAAAUCAUUGCCAUCUACCUUUUUUUUUUUUUUCCUUCAUAGCAUCUCCCUUGUCUGUAGCCUGGAGUUGUAGGUGAAAGAGAACUGACUCUGAAUUGGAUGCCUGUAUUUUUGCCCAGGUUUAGUCAUUUGCUUGUUUGGAUUCAAGUAAGUCGCUUCUUUAAACCUGCUUCCUCAUCUGUAAGUUGGGAAAUGUGUUCUAUAAAAUUCUUUCCCCGCUCCAAACUCCUUCCAUCCUCUUUUCCUUUGAUGAUCACAGUCUAUAAAGACCAACUCCCUAAAAGUCCUUUAGUGUGUUCUCAGCCUUCCAUAGAGCUAUGGACCAGAACCAAAGAGCUUCACCCUUUGCCUCCCUAUCCUUCACCAAUAUGGCACAUCCACAGGAUUAGCAAAUAAUGCUUGAGAGGAAUCUGGUGGAAAUGAAGAGUUCCACACAGCCAAUGUAUUCGUUUUCUUUGCUUGCUUUCUUUGCUACAUUUAUUUGUUACAAAUACUUGAGGGAAAUAAUUGAUGGUGGUGUCAAUAGUAAUGCCAAAAAAAAGAAGAAAAAGAAAAAAACAUCAAUUAGAUAUCUAAAAAUAAGGAAAGAAGCAGAAGGAAGGAGACUGAUAAAUAGGGUGAUUUUCUUUUAAAUUUGAUAUGUACUUAAGAAAAAUCAAAACCCAAACCAAUAGUUUGUAGUUUUAUUCCUUUCAAUGCAAUUCUCUUUUCCAUUCUUUGUACAUUAAAAAUAUGUCAUUUUUUAAUACAUGUAUAUAUACAAAUAUACAAGAUAUAUGUAUAAAAAUAUGUCAUUUAAAAACAAUUUAAAAAAAAAAAACUUAAGAAGCUCAGAUUCCACGACAAGCUUAAGUUAACCAGCCGAGGUACAGUGUGGGCUUUCAUUUACCACUUUGUGAAGGGACACUUUAUCACAUAAGUAAGAGAUAGACUUUCUAGGGUCAGGAGUCCCGGAGGCUGCCUCCUUCUGUCCAGUGACUGCCUGGGUUCUUCUCUUCAGAAGGAGUGGAAUGAGUUAAGCCAGGACAAGCCUUGGAGGGAAAAGCACAACAAAGUACUCCACUCUUCUCUUUGGCAUCACACCUACCUAUUAGAAAGCCCCAAUGAGCACAGCAGAUUCAAACAAUGAAUUUUCUGUCCUAGGUUCCCGCAGCACCUCAGCUUCACUGGCUGGCCUCUGAAUACAAUCCCAUUUAAACCUCAGAUACUCAGGGCGGAUGUUUUCUGACUAUUAGCGCUAAUAAUACUGUAUUGUAAUAGUUUGUACCGAGACUGCCUCCAUCACUUAAACUAAAAAAAGCCUGGGACAGAAGCUACCACCGCUCAGCGCGCAGUACAGAGCUUCCCACUGCCUUACAAUCCCUCGGAAUCCCUGGCUCUAGCAAAGUCCAUAAUGCCACACCUUCCCCAUAAAUACUCCUCCCCUCUUAGGCUAUUAGGGUGCAGGGCUGGGGAGAGGAAGGCCGAGAGGGAAGGUUAACACGGGAUGAGUUUUUGAGGAGAGCAGCCAAAGCGUGGAUCACCCAGCGCAGUGAUUCCCCCUCUCCUGCCCUCCAGAGCCAGGAAACCACACUGAUUCAGACUUUCUGGAAUUGGGUUGUUUCUUUCUCUUUCAGCAAAUUCCUUCCUUUCUCCUCAUUUCUCAUUCCCACCUUUUUUAAAAAGGAGCUUGGAAAGAGAAGACUCUGGGCUACCCCACUCUCUGCCAUCAUCUGCUGUGAGAACCCCAACACAAUGAAUGAUGUCCUGCCAAGUUCCAGUAUGAAAGGCCAAGGCAAGAAGCAGAAUGGACAGGCCAACCAUCACAAGUACAGCCACCUCGCCUACAGCAUUACAGACACUCCGCCCUGGUACCUCUGCAUCUUCCUGGGGAUUCAGGUUACCUAUUCUCCAGGGUGGCACAUUUGCCUUUCUGGCCCCUUCCUUGGCCAUGCUCUCUCUCCCUGCCUGGAAAUGCCCUGAAUGGACCCUCAAUGCUACCCAAGUGAAUGUCAGUUCUCCAGAAUUCACUGAGGAAUGGCAGAAGAGGAUACGAGAGUUACAGGGUGCCAUCAUGGUGGCUUCUUGUGUCCAGAUCAUUGUGGGAUUCUCUGGCCUCAUUGGCUUCCUGAUGCGCUUCAUUGGCCCCCUGACCAUUGCCCCAACCAUCUCCCUUGUGGCUUUGCCUCUCUUUGACUCCGCAGGGAAUGAUGCUGGGAUCCACUGGGGCAUCUCUGCCAUGACCAUCUUCCUCAUUGUACUGUUUUCUCAGUACCUGAAGAAUGUCCAAGUUCCUGUACCAGUUUAUGGGCAAGUCAAGAAAUGCCAUGUUUCUAAGCUCUACCUCUUCCAGAUCUUCCCGGUGCUGUUGGGACUUUCCAUUUCUUGGAUCCUCUGCUAUGUCCUUACUGUGACCAAUGCCUUCCCCUCGUCUCCUUCUGCAUAUGGUUACUUGGCGCGGACAGACACCAAAGGCAGCGUGCUGUCCCAGGCCCCUUGGUUCCGCGUCCCUUACCCAGGGCAGUGGGGACUUCCGACCAUCAGCUUGGCUGGGGUGUUCGGCAUCAUCGCUGGGGUGAUCUCCUCCAUGGUGGAAUCCGUGGGGGAUUAUUAUGCCUGUGCCAGGCUUGUGGGGGCCCCACCCCCUCCGAAGCAUGCCAUCAAUCGGGGCAUCGGGAUCGAGGGGCUUGGCUGCCUCCUAGCGGGAGCGUGGGGGACCGGCAACGGCACCACGUCCUACAGCGAGAACGUGGGGGCGCUGGGCAUCACCAGGGUGGGGAGCAGGAUGGUGAUCAUUGCUGCUGGCUGUGUGCUCAUUCUGAUGGGCAUCUUCGGGAAGAUUGGGGCUGCCUUUGCCACCAUCCCAAGCCCCGUAAUUGGGGGUAUGUUCCUGGUGAUGUUUGGGGUCAUCACAGCUGUGGGAAUUUCUAAUCUACAGUAUGUGGACAUGAACUCUUCUAGGAACCUCUUUGUCUUUGGCUUCUCCAUCUAUUCUGGGCUGACCAUUCCUAACUGGGUGAACAAGAAUCCAGAACGAAUCCAGACAGGGAUCCUCCAGUUGGAUCAGGUCGUCCAGGUUCUGCUCACCACCGGCAUGUUUGUGGGGGGAUUCCUGGGCUUCCUACUUGACAACACCAUCCCAGGCAGUUAGCAAACAGCGCCUGAAGUUUGUGCGGGGAGUGAGAGGAGAGCGUAGAAAGGAGAAGCCGUCUGACACCAGCUCUGCAGGCCCCGCCUGCCCCUCCGAGGAGGCGGCUCACACACACAGGAUAGAACAAGCGCUCACUUACCUUCUCAGGACAAACGGAGAACGUGUGCCGAGGAGGGCCAACAUGAGAAACAGAGGAAAGUUUACUAAUGGGACGAGGAGCACGUUGGGUGGUGCACUGUAGAGCAGGAAAGACACUCCAUGGAGGAAGAGGAAGUGUGUCUCAGACCCACAGAAUGGGGAGGUAGCCAGCACACUAUAAGAGUAGCACAGCUUUGGGCCCUCCCUGCCGUUAGCCAUUAGUGGGAUUUGGGGAAAAAUCAUUUCCUUUCUUGACGUCUUGAUUUUAUCCUCUGCGAAGUUAUAGUCAGGCUAAAUUAUCGUUAGAGUAUCUUCCAUUUCUAAAUGUUUGUGGUUCCAAGUGUCUGUCGGGACAGCAACUCUUAGUCCUACCAGAAGGUCUGGAACUGGACUCAGAACUGGAAGGGCCUUCAUUUAGUUCAAUCCCCUCAUUUUACAGAUUAGGAAACUGAGGCUAUCUAGUACAUCUUUGUGACAGGAACCUCCCCAAAGGAUCUGCCCCAAAGAAGGGAGUUCCUUACCAUGACCUAAAUGCUAACGCUCCACAGGGCUUGGCCCACUCUUGACUUCUUAUUCC